AUGUCGCGCUUCGUAUCAGCGGACGAUGCAGAUUAUGCGUCAUUGCAAGAGCAGCUUCUACGCAGGUCAGGCACGGAAGACACAGAAACAUCAGGGAUAAGUUUGGGCAUGAAUGAAGGCGACAAUGAAGUCGAUGAGGCUGGUGCUACGAGUGCGAAUACACCGAAAAAAUCAGCUCUGACAGAGAAUAUAUUGCCACGCCGGAGAAACUCCGAUCUUGAAAUCCAAAAGCCUGAGGGGUCCUUCUCAGCGCGCAAGGGUGACUUCGAGUCGUUGUCGUCGUCGGCUGCGGCUGGAAACUCGUAUUCAUUGUUGCGCGGCGCGAACAACUUGACGGGCACACAAGAUGCCCCCAUCCGCAAACUGGGGACGUGGGAUGGCGUGUUCAUGCCGGUGACACUGAAUGUCAUGGGCAUUAUUCUGUUCUUGCGAUUUGGCUUUAUUCUUGGACAAACAGGUCUUGUAGGCUCACUGCUCCUCCUGGUAGGGAGCUAUGCCAUCGAUACACUAACAGUUCUGAGUCUCAAUGCCAUUUCUACAAAUGGUCAGGUCCGUGGUGGUGGUGCGUACUACCUCAUUUCCCGAUCCCUAGGUCCCGAAUUUGGCGGGUCAAUUGGUCUUAUAUUCUUUUUUGGUCAAGCUUUCAAUGCAGCGAUGAACGUACUGGGCUUUGUUGAGAGCUUCAUUGGUGCACUGGGUGAGUCAAAUGGUCACUCGGGUAUGCUUCCGGAAGGGUCGCCGUUUCUGUAUUUGUACGGAACAAUCGUGCUUUGGCUAUGUACGCUUGUUUGCUUGUUUGGCUCGUCUCUCUUUGCGCGUGCGACACUUUUACUCGCCAUCAUUUUGAGUUUGGCCGUGGCAAGCAUCCCGAUCUCGUCAAUUCUCGUUGAGCCGUUUGAAGAUUCGGCUCGUGACGUGUACUACUCAGGCUGGAACUGGCUCACAUUUGCGGAGAACUUGUGGCCCAAUUUUACCGCUGGUGCUGCGGGCUCAUCCACAGCCCCUGAGAAAGAAAACUGGCGCUCUGUGUUUGGCGUCUUGUUCCCUGCCGUCUGUGGAAUUUUGGCUGGCACCUCCAUGUCGGGCGAUUUGCGCAAGCCAAGCAAGAGUAUUCCGAAGGGCACGAACUGGGCACUUGCAUUCACCUUUUUCGUGUAUGCGCUGGUGUUUGUCAUUCUCGCAGGUACUGUGCCACGUGAAUCAUUCUAUGUGAACUUGACGAUCGUCGAGUCAGUGUCGCGCUGGCCGUCGAUUGUUUUGCUUGGCGAACUCGCGUCGUGUGCUUUUUCUGCAUUGAUGGGUGUGAUGGCCUGUGCGAAGGUGUUACAGGCGAUUGCACGCGAUGAUUUACUUCCUUUUCUUGCCCCAUUUUCUCAGGGCACAGUACAAUCAGAUGUACCAACGUAUGCAGUGCUUUUCACUGCGUCAUUCUGCCAGCUAGUUCUGCUUCUUGACUCGAUCAAUUUGAUUGCACAGCUCGUCACGAUGACUACUCUCCUCACCUUUGGCGUCCUCUCUGCCGCGACAUGCGCUCUAAAGGCUGGAGGCGCGCCGUCGUUCCGCCCAUCGUUCCGCUACUGGAACAUAUGGACUGCAGGCGCCGGCACAAUCGUUUCAUUCGGCUCCAUGCUCAUGACUGACGCAUACACUGCUAGUGUGUGCAUUGCUGUGACAGUCCUGUUUUUUAUCAUGAUCCAAGUGCUCUCGCCACCGAAGCCUUGGGGGGACGUCUCGCACAAUGUCACAUACCACUUCGUUCGCAAGUAUUUACUGCGCCUUGAUGAACGCAAAGGCCACGUCAAGUAUUGGCGUCCACAGAUCCUACUCCUUGCAAAUGAUCCCGGCAAGGAGUGGAAUCUGAUCAUUUUUUGCAAUUCACUAAAGAAAGGCGCUCUGUAUGUGUUAGGCCACGUGUUGAAAGGCGACUUUCAUGAGUGCCUUCCACAACUGCGCAAGAGCCAUCUGGCUUGGCUCAAGCUUGUGGAUGUAAGCGGGAUCAAGAGUUUUGUCGACGUAGUCAUCGCUCGUGAUGUUCGCGAAGGUGCACGAAACCUCAUAUUGUCGAGUGGCCUUGGUGGUAUGCGGCCGAACAUUAUUGUGCUUGGUUUUCCCGCUGCGCUACAGCGCACCAGUGAGCAGCCACGCGGCCCUAUUGCACGUGUGCGACCCAGCGAGCCUGUUGCGCUAACGAAGCAUGCCAUGCCUGAUGUAGAGCCUAUCGACUGCACGAAGUACGUCGGCAUCCUGGAAGAUGCCUUAGCUCUGAAUAAGGCACUGGCUGUUGCGUAUGGCUUUGAUGCUAUGGACUUGCCGGGUCCAUCGAAGGUCGCUCAGUACGAGCCAGCACGUGGUGAGCAAUACAUCGAUUUAUGGCCGAUUCAGAUUGCAAACAGUGCGUGCGGCGAUACACCAACGUGGGAUACAUACACGAUGGUGCUGCAACUCGGCACAAUCCUCAGCUUUACAGGCACAUGGCGACAGCACAAGCUCCGAGUAAGUGUGUUUGUCGAGCAUCCAGAAGAAGUGCAAGCAGAACAUACUCGUGUGCGUACACUUCUGGACAACCUGCGAAUCCCUGCCUCGUUGCGUAUUUUCUGUCUUUCGAAUGGAAGUGUCCCGCGCUACGAUGCUAUUGUCUUAGGCAAGCGGGCGCUAGACCCCGAGCUUGGCGAGAUUCUUCGUGGCGACCCAUGGUGGUCACAGGUCUGCUGUGUUCGUCGGGCUGUUGAGAAAAAGAAGCAUCAGCAGCACCAUGAUGAACACUCCCUGCCGCAGCAACUGCACAAGUCGGAGCCGAUUGAUACUAACAAUAUGCGCCGGAGUAACUCCUCGUCCUCUUUGGACAGCCGACAACGCAAGCGCCAUUCGCGUCAGUUUGGUGUCAGUUUGCCUGACGAACACCUGGCGUAUCACUACAACAACAUUCGUCUAGGCUUGUCUCAUCCACACUCGCAGGAUGUCGAAGGUAGUGAUGACGAGCCGGAUGCAUUUCGACUCGAUACAGAAAACACCAUCGACGAUCUGGAGAGUGAACUGGCUUCUCUCGCUGUUGAUUGGGACCCAAGGUAUUUGAUGCGGCAACGCCGAGUACGCCCUCGUACUGAGUCAGACGCAUUGUUUGAUGGCACACCUAGCACCUUGUCCUCGUACGGUACACUUUCAUCGUCGCAGCGCACGGUUACCCCUGCCACUAUACAUACUCGACAGGCACAAGGCAGCCAUAAUCACAACUUGAGCAGCAGUAGCAGCAACGGUCAUGUGUCGGUGUCGCCACCCGCUAGCGAGUCACUAUCGCCGUCAAUGUCACCGUCUAUGUUGUCAUCAGCGCAAACUCAUCCUUCUUAUUCACAAGCUUCAACAAUGCCAACCCAUCAUAAGCAGCGGUGGAUUCCCAUGCAACAAGACCAUUAUACGCUAUCCUUCAACGAGCUCCCCAAUCGUGCACAGUACCUUAUUUUAAAUGAACUUAUUCGGCGGCACUCAUCACGCAGUACGUCUGUCGUACUUACAGCACUCCCCGCACCUGCUCCAGGCACUUCAACAAACAAAGAAGAAAGCGUGGCUUACUUGCGCCAGUUACAAAAUCUGUAUGGCGGAGGUCCACCCAUCCUUGGCGUGCACGCAACGACAUUAACCAUGACCAUGAGUUUGUAA